AUGGAGCUCGCCCCGGCCGCGCUGUGGCUGCUCAGCCUGCUGCUGGAGGGCAUCGCCGCCCAGGGCGUCUACGCCCCUCCCACGGUGAGAAUCAUCCAUUCAGGUCUGGCCUGCAACAUUGAGGAGGAACGCUACUCAGAACGAGUAUACACCAUUCGCGAAGGAGAGACGCUGGAGCUGACGUGCUUGGUGACAGGCCACCCCCGGCCACAGAUCAGGUGGACCAAAACAGCAGGCAGUGCCUCUGACCGCUUCCAAGACUCCAGUGUCUACAAUGAAACCCUGCGGAUUGCCAACAUCCAGCGGCAUCAAGGGGGGCGCUACUACUGCAAGGCCGAGAACGGUCUGGGCUCUCCGGCAAUCAAGUCGAUACGAGUUGACGUCUACUAUCUGGACGAUCCGAUCGUGACGGUCCACCAGAGCAUAGGGGAAGCAAAGGAGCAGUUCUACUAUGAGCGGACCGUGUUUCUCAGGUGUGUGGCCAAUUCCAACCCACCUGUCCGGUACAGCUGGCGGCGAGGACAGGAGGUGUUACUUCAAGGAUCUGACAAAGGGGUGGAGAUUUACGAGCCCUUCUUUACGCAGGGUGAAACCAAGAUCCUGAAGCUGAAGAAUCUCCGUCCUCAGGACUAUGCUAAUUACAGCUGCAUGGCUUCCGUCAGGAACGUCUGCAACAUCUCCGACAAAAUGGUGUCUUUCAGGCUUUCCAAUAAAACAGCAUCUCCCUCAAUUAAGCUCUUGGUGGAUGACCCCAUUGUGGUGAACCCUGGGGAAGCCAUCACUUUGGUGUGUGUCACAACCGGCGGGGAGCCACUCCCGACUUUAACCUGGGUAAGGUCCAUUGGCGCCUUGCCCGAAAAAACGGUUUUGAAAGGUGGAACGUUGACUAUCCCUGCCAUCAGCUUCGACGAUGCUGGCACUUACAGCUGCAUUGCUAACAACAACGUGGGGAAUCCGGCAAAGAAGUCCACCAAUAUCAUCGUCCGAGCCUUAAAAAAAGGACGCUUCUGGAUCACACCUGACCCUUACCACAAAGAUGACAACAUCCAGAUUGGCCGGGAGGUUAAGAUUUCUUGCCAGGUGGAGGCGGUUCCAUCAGAGGAGCUCACAUUCAGCUGGUUUAAGAACGGGCGGCCACUGCGCAGCUCGGAAAGAAUGGUCAUCACCCAGACGGACCCCGACGUCUCCCCGGGAACCACCAACCUGGACAUCAUUGAUCUCAAGUUCACUGACUUUGGGACUUACACAUGUGUUGCCUCUCUGAAGGGGGGUGGCAUCUCAGACAUCAGCAUCGAUGUUAACAUUUCCAGCAGCACAGUUCCGCCCAAUCUGACUGUUCCGCAAGAAAAGUCGCCCUUGGUCACCCGGGAAGGAGAUACGGUCGAAUUGCAGUGUCAGGUGACCGGGAAACCCAAGCCCAUCAUCCUGUGGUCCAGGGCGGACAAGGAGGUCCCCAUGCCGGAUGGCUCGAUGCAGAUGGAAAGCUACGAUGGGAUCCUGAGGAUUGUUAACGUCUCGAGGGAGAUGACCGGGACCUACCGGUGUCAGACCAGCCAGUACAAUGGAUUUAACGUCAAGCCGAGGGAAGCCCUGGUUCAACUCAUUGUCCAGUAUCCACCCGCUGUCGAGCCAACCUUCCUUGAGAUCAGGCAGGGCCAAGGCCGGAGCGUCACCAUGAGCUGCCGCGUGCUCAGAGCCUACCCGACCCGGGUCUUGACUUUCGAAUGGCGCCUGGGCAACAAGUUGCUUCGGACAGGGCAGUUUGACGCUCAGGAUUCCACGGAGUACACGAUCAGGAGCCUUUCGAGGGACAAUUACGGGAUUUACAACUGCAACGUCAUCAACGAGGCAGGGGCUGGCAGGUGCAGUUUUCUCGUGACAGGCAAAGCCUAUGCCCCAGAAUUCUACUAUGACACCUACAGCCCGCUGUGGCAGAACCGAGCCCGUAUCUAUACCUACAGCCUUGAGUGGACCCAGAUGAAUCCUGACGCCGUGGACCGCAUCCUGACGUACCACCUGGGCAUCCGGCAGGCUGGCCAUGCACGCUGGUGGGAGCAGGAAAUUGCUGUGAACGGGAAGAUCCAGAAAGGAGAAUUGAUGACCUACAACUUGACAGAGCUGAUCAAACCGGAGGCUUACGAAGUUCGGCUGACACCAGUCACCAUAUUCGGAGAUGGAGACUCGACCAUUCGUGUGAUCAAAUACAGUGCCCCAAUGAACCCUCACCUACGAGAAUUCCACUGUAGCUUUGAAGAUAGCAACAUUUGUCUAUUUACACAAGACGUACAGGACAACUUCGACUGGACGAGACAAAACAUUAUCCUCAGAGACACAAAGUACACCCCAAACACAGGCCCCACUGCUGAUCGGUCUGGCUCAAAGGAAGGAUUCUACAUGUACAUUGAAGCCUCCAGCCCCAGGAAGGAAGGAGACAAGGCCAGACUUGUUAGUCCAGUUUUCAGCAUCCCCCCCAAAAACCCCUACGGGCCCACCAAUACUGCGUAUUGCUUCAGCUUCUACUACAAUAUGUAUGGACAGCAUAUAGGAACCUUGAAUGUUUACCUCCGGUUGAAAAGUCAGACUGGACUCGAAAGCCCAUUCUGGUCUUCCAGUGGAAACAAAGGACAGCAGUGGUUUCAGGCCCGUAUGAAUAUUCAGCCAAACACAUCGUUUCAGGUAGUUUUUGAAGGAAUCCGUGGCCGAGGGAUGGAAGGAGACAUCGCCAUUGAUGACAUUUCAAUUGUGGAAGGGGAGUGCACAAAAUCAGACUAUGUAAACAACCAUAUACCUUCUGGUGCUGUCAGGAUGCUGCCACAUAUACGGAUUUUCCCACUUUUCCUGCUCUUGUCUGUCUUAAGUCAUCAGAGGUGACCUUAUUCCGGCAGAGGCUACAACACAGACGUUCCACGCACUGGCAUGAAGAAAAGAGUCUUUGUAAAACAAACAUUUUAAAAAAACAAAAACAAAAACUACCAAAGAUUCCUCCACUGACUGACUCAAAUAUGAAAAAAAAAAAUUAAAAAUCAAACUUAAAAAAAUAUAUAUAUAAAAAGAAGCAUUGGGAAGUUUAUUAAAAAAAAUACCCAAACGAACCAAGAAGGGAUUACAAGCGCAUAACCGUACCGUGGACCACACAUGGAAGUGAAGGGGAGAGACCUUCAGGUGCUUUUGUGGUUAAUUAAUGAUGAACAAACGGAAAGGGGAGAAAGGACCUCCAUUGGAAAAACUCUGUCAAAAGAGCUAUAGAAUUCCUUGUCAAAGCACAAAGUCAUGGCUUGUUUUGUUUCAAGUGAAUAGUUUGCUUGUUGCCAUGGAAGCCUAAUGGCCUGCCAAAAGAGAGAUUUAGUUUUUAAAAGAACCAAGAGAGAAAAAGGAGGAAAGAAAAAACCCCUACACCUCACUGUCAAACAGGGUACGAGAGGGGCUGGCGUUUUUUUCCCCCUUUGACACCAGGUUUUUUGUGUCAUGUUCAAUCCUGUUGUGGGCCCCUUCUCUGCCUCUCGCUGCUGCCUUCGGAAGGAAGUGGCCCCAGACACCUGUGCUGUUGAAGACAUUCUAUUGCAGUUCCUCAUGGCAAGGCUCGAUCACAGUAUGCAGCCUCCUCUUUGCAUGCAUUACUUAAUUCCAGGACGUACAUACGGCGACAACACUGAUGUGUCCAGAGUUUGCUUGCAGCCACUUGAACACACCAAGACACCCUCUCCCCGAGUCCUCCUACUCCCCCUGGAAUCACGCCCCGCCCCGCUCCCGAUUUAAUCAUCUGUUCUAACCAAGUGACGAAACCAAACUACCAUCUUUUUUCUAAAAUGCCAUGGAAACCAAGUGCCUUCAAUGAUAACAAGCCUGAGAAAAUGAAGGGGGAAAGAUCCGAAAACGUUCCAGCGGAGGGAAGCUUGCAUGGCUCGGAUGACGUUUGCGCAAACUCUUUUUUCUUAAAAGCAAACUACAGAGCGAAACUGCAGGCCAGGAAAACAAAAUCAAAAAACACACAGAAGCCACUUAACAGAGACAGAUCGACUUGAAUUGCAGGAUAAACCCUUCUCAGCAGAGAUCUGUGUCGUUUAACCUUCCCGACUGCCAUGGCCCGAGGAGACAGCUUCCGUUUAAUGGCGGGAGACGGGAGCGGCCCUUUCUUUUCAGGUUAUCAAGUGGGGUCGACUGGAACUAUGAAGGUUGAUAAGAUUGUGCUUAGCAAAGAAGGUGAUGGCUGAAACACACACACAGUCACACACACACACACACACACAAGUGAUUUCUCUUAUUCUAACCUCUGUGCGGAAUGAGAUUGGCCCUAACUUUACAGAGGAGCGUGACCAAGGAGAGGUUACAGUGCGUACGAAAAAGAAACAAACUCUUUACGGCAUAACACGGACCAGCCGACCUGGUUCCAUUUCCAGACACGGAGAAGAUCUAAGGCCUCUGCCCUUUCAUCAGACUCUGUGCAAAUUGUGAAAUAUUAUUUUAUUAUUUUAGCAAAAUUGAAAAGAAAAAAAACACUUUUACAAAAAAAUAAAACCUGUAAGAAUUAUUUUCAGCUACCUGACUCUAUCCCAUACCUGUAAUCAGCCAAUUUUCCAAUACAGUGUAAAUUUCCCCUUCUACAAGUUGGUAAUGAAAAUUUGAAGCCCUUUCCCCUUAAAUUAUCUCAGCUUUUAACUUCAUUAAAGAAAAGACUUUUUGUCUAAGCAAGAAUUAUUAUAAUUAUUACGAUUAUCAUAUGUUCUUUCAGUACCCCAGGAUGAAAAGAGGGGAAAAUUCUUAUAUGCAAAUAAUUCGGAUAUUCAAAGGAGGAAAAAAACAUAACAUUUGAAAACGUUAAUACAAAAAAGCACAAAGAGAAGCAGUAAACAGCAGGAGGCUUGAUUUCUUUAUUUUUUAAUUCUGUAGAAAAAAAAAGUUUGUGCAGAUUCAGUCAUUCAACUGAAAGAGAUAAUUUUACAAAUAUGUUCAAUAAAGCUUA